AGUCCAGUUCUCUACCGGGACAGGAGACAAGCUCCCAGGCAUCUUCAUCCACGACCUCAGCAAUUGUAGGCAACCACACUACAACUUCCUCUACAUCUAGCUCCUCCGCAGAUAAGGAGACAAGCUCCCGAGUAUCUUCAUCCACGACCUCAGCAAUUGUAGGCAACCCCACUACAACUUCUUCUACAUCUAGCUCCUCCGUAGAUAAUGAGACAAGCUCCCGGGCAUCUUCAUCCACGACCUCAGCAAUUGUAGGCAACCCCACUACAACUUAUUCUACAUCUAGCUCCUCCACAGAUAAGCUAUCUACAACGUCGGACACGAAUCUCUCCACUCCUUUACCGAGUGAACAGACCUCCAGCCAGCAGUCAACUUCGUCGACGACCUUCACAACUUCACACAUUACAACCCCAGGGCAACGGACAUCCAGCCAACAGUCGACUUUGCCAACAACUCCCACAACUUCACAAACUACAACUCCGGGGCAACGGACAUCCAGCCAACGGACAACUUUGCCGACGACCUCCACAACUUCAUACACUACAACUCCGGGGCAGCGGGCAUCCAGCCAACAGUCAACUUCACUUUCGACCCUGCCAACUUCAGGCAAUGCAUCUCCCACAUCUGGCACCACAUCAAGUACUAAUAGAGGGGGGACGUCAUCAUCUAGCUCAUCGAUACAAGGUCCUGCUACCUCGCCAAAGACGGUGCCGGGUGCACAAUCUUCCCAUGCACUACAAUCUCCCAGCGGAAGUUCUGUGAACACUCCAAUCCCGACUGGGAAUGGUUUGACUACGCCCUCUCGCAGUCCUGUAGGCAACCCGUCUUCCACUUAUCUUAACUCGCUCCUCACCGGAGUUGCAAAAAAUGUUAUGAGUACGACGUCGCCCAUCCCACCCAGUGGGGAUACGUUCUCUUCGAUCAUCUAUACUUCGAUUGGCACCUCUACUAUUAUAGCAUACUCCCCUUCUGGGUCAACCUCAGUACUCGUGACCCUGACAUCGACCUCAACGUCCGUGAUUCGUACCACAACUCCAGUGCCAACUUCGGGAGCCAGGUCAAACGAAGCUCCAAUCAUUGGAGGGAUUGUAGGCGGAGUCCUAGCUCUACUGCUUCUCUGUAUUGCAGCAUGUUAUUUCAUCCGCCGCAGGCAGCGUUCGCGGACCCACCAACAGCUUUACGAUAGUGACCCUACCGCGACACGCCCUCCAGCAGAAGCAACGACAAUGCGUGAGAAUCACCCUUACAGUCUUACGUACAGCUCUGUCGCAGGAGGGCAAGGUGCAAGUGAGAGUCGUGGCGACCUGUAUCACACCGCAAACUCCUUUAGCUCAUCGGCUUUCCCUCACCCCUCAGUUUCCAGUUCCCCGCAUAACUUUUCUCGUAGUUUGUCUGGCUCAGCAUUGCACAAGAUUGAUACAGAGUCUAACGAUGGUGAUAUCUCUUCGGACAAUGAAUCAGAGGGCACGGAGAGAAAUUUCGCAAGCGCACAGAGUUUUUAUGCGUCUAAUGAUGGACAGUCUAGCCUGAGCGGCGGUAUAGGUAUCGCGAUCGGCUCUCAUUCAAGCAUGGAUCUCCACUCAUAUCACACCGCUGCUACCACACUUGUCGCAGGGGCUCACGCUAUUGUGGACAAUGAUGAUAGCCCUGGACCAAGCCCUUCGGCAUUCCCCAUUCCCCCCGUGAACCCGUUCCUCGAUGGCGUCCGAGUCGUCGAUCUUUCUGAUUUCGUGGCCUCUCGCGCAUCACAAAGCCGCCAAGUAGUCUCAGCUUUAUCUGAAGACGCCACGCCACCUCCAGUGAAAAUUCGCAGAUUCUCAGAGCAACAAGAGUCUUGGGCGGCGGCUGUAGCAGCUGCAAGCCCUGUAGAUCGUGAUGCGCCUACGUCAAUAGCAACUCAGAGCCUCAAUGCGCUUAUGGAGGAUGAAAACGACGACGAUCCAUCAAGUAAGGACCUCCAAACGCCAACGCAAUCCCGUCCCCCAGUUGCGCCAUUUAAUGAUUCGUACUUCAUCAACCCACUUUUACGUGAAACGUCCCAGGAAGGGUUCAGUGGUGAUUCUGGGGACAGUGAUAGCCACGAGACUGUCUCUAUCAUGUACCCAUAUCCGUUCGAGUCCAGGGGCAAGGGCAAGGGGAAAGAGUACCUGUCCGCUGACUUGAAGGAUGACCCCAAGAAUAACAGAUUAUCGAAUGCCAGUUCUGGUCUUGUGUUCCCCGAGAAUCCAUCGCAGUGUGGUCUUGCAAUCUAAGCAGAGAACAAUAUUUUUAAAUUAUUGUUAGCCCACGCGUUAGCUCGCACUCUUUUAAUCAUCGCGGACUAUCGUAUUCAGACAUACAGACAAUUUCUUCAGUGAAGGAUUCUAUAUUGUAGCGGCGCUCGGUGCAGCUGAUUUCUUUAUUGACAUAUUUUACACGACUAUCAUGAUAGUCGUCGAUUCUCAUGGA